GUGGCAGCGGCAGGCCAAGGAAGUCGCGGUGUCGCAGCAUUUGUUCUUGACUGGAGAGGCUGGAUCUGGAAAGUCAUACCUCCUACAGCAUCUAAAGGAGAAUCUGCGUGACGAUCACAUCGCAGUGGCAGCUCCAACCUGGAAAGCUGCGUCCAGAAUCUGCGGCACUUCUGUACAUUGGUUCGCUGGGGUGAAUGUUGGAAAGCUUGAGGCAUCAGCUGAAGAGGCUCUGAAGUUCAUAGAGAGUCGACAAGAUUCGGAGGCCGUCCUUGACAGGCUUCGGCGGGUGAAGGUUCUGAUCCUUGAUGAGGUUUCGAUGCUGUGUCCAACAGUGCUUGAUAAUCUUGAGCAGCUCUGCCGUAUGGUACGUGAUUCAGAAGCUCUUUUCGGGGGGGUGCGCUGCAUCUUCUCGGGCGACUUCAUGCAAAUCCCGCCAGUUGCAAGCAGCAAGCUCGCGUUCGAGGCUCGAUGCUGGAAGGCGUUGUUUGCAGAGCCACGGCAACAGCAGACUUUGCGCAGCCAGCAUCGGCAAAGCGAGGAUCGCGUUUUCCACGAUUUCCUCAAGCGACUGCGGUAUGGCUACCUGCAUGAAACUGACAUAGGCCUUCUGCUUGCGGCAUCAGGCCGCGAAGGAGCAUCUGAGUGGUUAUCUAUGUUUGCCAAGAAUGAAGAAGUGGAGAAAGUGAAUGAAUCGAGGUUGCGAAGGCUAGAAGGAGAGGCCGUCCCUUUCGAUGCACAGGAUGACUUCCAUCCGGACGUGACUGUCCAGAGCAGGAAGGAGUUGGAAGUUGGCCUGGAUGAGCAGUGCCCUAGACGGCUGGUACUCAAAGUCGGGGCACCAGUGCGCCUCACACAUGUGCAAAACACCAAAGCAAUUCACAGAGGAAUGGAGGGCAUUGUGAUUGGUUUCGAGGACAGGGGGCCUGUUGUGCAGCUGCAUGGCGGCGGUGGCACACUGACGGCAGAGCCACGCAUCGGUGCUUACAUCCAAUCAGGGGCCGGGGGACCAUGGCUUGCAAGGAGGAAGCAAGUCCCAUUGGCCCUCGCGUGGGCCACCACCUUGCACAAAGCGCAGGGGAUGACGCUCACGCAUGCGGCGACGCAUGUGAGCGAUGUGUUCCAAGAUAAUAUGGGCUACGUAGCUUUGAGCCGGGUGUCGAGUCACAGCGGCUUGAAGUUGAUUGACCGAUUGGACAGCAUGACCUCCAUGCAGUUGCGGAAUUGGCUCGACCGGAAACUGUGCCAAGCUUGCCCAAAGGCAUCGGCAUUCCACAUGAGCAUGCUGGAUGCGCAGGACAAGUGCCAGAUCGAGGGGGGGCGGAGAAAGUUUCGGCAACUGCUGGACAAUGACAGCCUUUGGAAAGGAGCUCUGCGUAAGGCCGGCUUCGUCGAGGGGGCUAGCUACCAGUACUCAGACUCUCGCCCUGACUGGGCUGUCCAUCAGUACGGUGAUCGCUGCUUCAAAUGCGGCAAGACCGGCCACUGGUGGGCCCAUUGUCUGGAGUGA